CAGAUCCAACUUCGCUAUUGUUGGCAAGCUCCCAGAACGUCAGCUUUAAAGGUGCUCAGGGAUGAAACCAAAACUGCCAUUUUUAGCAAAACCAACACCGAAAGCAGAGAAUUGACGGCCGCCCUCUCCUCGCUCCCUCGUCUCGUCAACGGCUUAAUUUUUUUUCUUUUUCUUUUUUGGCGCACAAACUCGCCCGCACCGCAUGGAAUUCGGUUCGAGCGGAAGCCCUUGAAACAACGCCCAUCGCCGCCGCUUGUCGCCCAAGCGGUCUCGCAGCCAUGGCGCUCCCUUUCCGCGACAUCAACGUGCAAACCGCCUCCGACUCGUACAUCUUCUCCUCGCCCUCCAGCCCUAAUGCGCCCGCCCUGUCGAUUGACCGCCCAACGGGCGACAUCCGGCUCAACGAUGCCGCCCUUCUCGCCGGCAAGCGCGUGACCCGCGUGACGAGCAUCGCCGGCAUCCUGGGCAUGAUCCAGUUGCGGCUGGACAAGUACAUUAUAGUCAUCACAAAGGCCAAGCCCGUCGGUCGCCUCCGCGGGCAGAUGGUGUACAAGAUCGUGGCCACCGAGCUCCUCCCUCUGCGCGAGCGCCAGGUGCACGACCCCGAUGAGGACCGCUUCCUCGCGCUGCUGCGCAACUUUAUCAAGUCCGGCCCAAUGUACUUCUCGUACGCCGUCGACCUCACCAACAGCUUCCAGCGCCAGGCCGAGCACGACAACUCCGUCCCGCUGUGGAAGCGAGCCGACGACCGCUUCUUCUGGAACCGUUUCAUCCAGUCCGACCUGAUCAACUUCCGCAACCUGGGAAGCCGCGGCCAGCCGGCGCCCCAGCCCGGCAUCGAUCCCUACAUCCUGCCCGUCAUCUUCGGCAUGCUCGAGAUCCACCCGACUACCUUCAAGGGCACGCCCCUGACCCUCGCCCUCAUCACGCGCCGGUCGCGCCACCGGGCGGGCACCCGCUACUUCACCCGCGGGCUCGACGACCAGGGGCACGCGGCCAACUACAACGAGACGGAGCAGAUCCUGGUUCUCAACGACAGCGCCGCAGGGCUCGGCGGCGGCUUCGCGGGCAGCAGCUCGGGGCCCGGGGGCUUGCAACGCGGCGGCGCCGCGGGCAAGGAGAUGCAGAUCCUGUCGUACGUCCAGACGCGCGGCAGCGUGCCCGCGUACUGGGCCGAGGUCAACAUGCUCAAGUACACGCCCAAGCUGCAGGUCCGCGCCAUCGAGGCCGCGCUCCCGGCCGCCCGCGCCCACUUCGAGGAGCAGAUCCGCAUCUACGGCGACAACUACCUGGUCAACCUUGUCAACCAGAAAGGCCGCGAGAUGCGCAUCAAGCAGGCGUACGAGCAGGUCGUCGACAUGCUCGUCUCGAGCCCCCAGGAGCACGCGCAGGCGGACCGGCGGACCGAGGAGAAGUUCCGCACGAUCGAGAAGGGCGGGGGGGGCCCGGCGCGCUCGCCGUUCGACCGCCUGCACUACAUCUACUUCGACUUCCACGCCGAGACCAAGGGCCUGCAGAUGCACCGGGCGCAGCUGCUCAUCGACCGCAUGCGCGACGCCCUGGUGGCCCAGCAGUACUUCCGCGCCGCCGAGGCCCCCGGCAGCCGCAUCGACGGCCGCCUCGAGGUGCGCAGCCUGCAGACGAGCGUGGUGCGCUCCAACUGCAUGGACUGCCUCGACCGCACCAACGUCGUCCAGAGCAUGCUCGCCCGCUGGACGCUCGACCGCAUGCUGAUCGACCUCGGCCUGCUGCCGCGCGGCUCGCGCUUCGCCGACGAGGACGACGCCUUCGAGCUGCUCUUCCGCAACAUGUGGGCCGACAACGCCGACGUCGUCUCCAAGGCCUACUCGGGCACCGGCGCCAUGAAGACGGACCUGACCAGGCUGGGCAAGCGCACCAAGGGCGGCGCGCUGCAGGACGGCAACGUCGCCCUGACGCGCUACUGGAAGAACAACUUCCUCGACGGGCCCCGCCAGGACGCCUUCGACCUCUUCCUCGGCGCCUACCAGGUCCCCGCCGGCGGCAUCGGCUCCGCCUUCAUCUUUGCCGACCGCCGCCCCGUCUGGAUCCAGAGCGUGCCCUACAUCGCCGCCUUUGGCUUCUUCUUCGUCCUCGUCGCCCUCUACACCCCGCGCCUGCCCGAUGCCGCCGUCUGGCCCCUGCGCCUGUUUACCAUCUUCUGGGCCGCCGUCGCCCUGUGGGGCGUCCACUUCAUCCUAUCCAACGGCAUGCUCUACGUCAACUGGCCCAAGCUGAACCCUCGCCCUUGGGCGACCGAAGGCUACCACGAGACCAUCAACCGGGUGCGCAAGGACCGGAUCCUGGGCCCGCUGGUGGCGCGCCACGAGCGUGGUCUGAGCACGGCGAGGUACAUCAACGCGGAGGAGGGCAAGAAGCGGAUCGAGUAGCCUUUUGCCCUCGGCUUUUUUUUUUCGAAACUCUUUUUUUUUCGAUUCUGUUUCUAGAUCUUGAGAGUACUUCUGCAGUGUCGUUUGUAUGUAACAGGCCGGCCGUGUCUAGAGUAGAGGUAGGGGGUCGGUCUGUAGAUUUGAAAUUUGUUGUAAUAGAGAUUCUGGUGUCGUUUGGAGCGUACCGUACUCGCCCGGUUACUGGCAAGGGGGCGGACAGAGUCCUGAGUAGUGUUUGCGGUGCAAACAGGCAAUUCUAUGUAGUUCGGGAGAAUCACGACCUGCUCCAUUCGAGCGCCGUCUC